UUCACUUCAUAUUCAAAUGAAUUUCACUUAGAUUUGCCCCAUUCGACAUUUCCUUUAAUUUCGAAGUGAAAAGCACGUUAGAUUGAAAUGUUUUGGUUUUAAGGUGCGUAUGGCCAAAAUUCUUCAUAAGUAAGAUGGCCACAGACGAUGUGGUGCAAAGUUUGCUUUUCGGAUUGAAAAGCUCCUUUUUGCUAACAAAUUACCGUAGUUUUUUCUCUAUUUGUGCGCUGAUGAAAAUCGGCCAGAGUUCGUCCCAGGAACCUACUCCGAUCCGGAGCUGUUAUCCCGGACGAAAGAUUGCAAGCGGUUUUUGUCAAGAUUCGUCAUGGACAUCAAAGGCGGGCUUCGGAUCCGCCAGCUGCCGGAUCGAGAAGUGUUUGAGAUUGUCGGUGACGAUACAUCAGCCCAGCAUGGCUUUCUUUUUGAGCCCUUCGAUGGACACAGCUCAGCACAACGCCGUCGGGACCUGGUCCGAACACUUCAACGCUGUGUAGCAGAGCAAAUUUAAUACCAGUGAAGUGAAAUGUUUAGUUUAAUGUUAUGUAUCCAAGAAGAUGUUUGGUUUUGAAAAUAAAAAAUAUAUAUGUUUGAAACCGAGGUAUAAAUUUAUUUAAAAAAAUAAGAAACCUCUCACCGUUUAAAACACCUGAAAACCAUUGGAAAACCGUUCGAUUCAGACUAAAAAAUCAUUUAACAUUAGUGAGAAAAGCAUUGCAAAUUCAUAAGCGUUGUCACAUGAAGUUAACGUGUUUUGCUUUUGAAUUUACCGGGUCGCGUGAUGAGAAUUUUCGAAGUGAUUUGCACAUGACAUUCACAUGCCAAGGCGUAUGGGGCAGAUUCACGUGUGAAACAUGUGAUAUUGCUAUGUGCCUUUCUUUC